AUGGGGAGUGUUCCCGAAGAUGGCGUCGCCACAGAGGUGUCGGAAUCAUCUGCGCCUGAGCCGGAAAAACAGGAAAAUGAAAAAGAAAGUGGUCAAAAACCAUCGGCGAUCGACCGCAAUGUUUCUGAGGAAAACGAUGAAACAAUUAUUAAAAUCCAUCCUGUAAUUUGUAACGGAACUGUUCUGAAGUUGCCGAUUCAACCGAAUGACACCCACAACUACAGUGUUGCUUGUAAAAUUAUCAAACACAUUUAUGCGAACCAUUUGGAAUCGAUCAAAUGUUGUCUGCCGGAUGAUUACAGAACCUAUGACGAUUCGAAUCCGGAACAGGCGAAAAAACUGAUUGCCGCGUAUAACCCGGCAGCAAAAAAACACUUCAAAUUGUGGGACGGAACUGUGAACAGCAACCUUGAGGACUGGUCGAAACCAUACUGUACAGAAACAGUCGCUAGUCACAUUUGUAAUCUUGCCAUCGAAUGUGCUAUUCCGGACCCAAAACGACUUAAUAGCCAUUACAAGUCAUUUAGCCCAGAGACUUAUGGUGAAACCAAUCUCGAGCAAAUGGCUUUAAUAAUUUCCCAAUUGGAAUUGGGACCAAAUGAUGUGUUUGUCGAUUUGGGAUGUGGUGUUGGACAACUUGUUGUUUUCACUUCUGCUUUUACUAAGAUAAAGAAGGUUGUCGGUAUAGAAAUAGCUGAUUUGCCUUAUAAAUGUGCGGCGAAACUUCAAGAAUCUUACAAAAGCCUUAUGCAUCAUUUUGGGAAAAGCUACGCGCCGUUUGAAAUUCAUCAUGGCAAUUUUUUGGAUGAGAAAUUCCGCGAUUUAAUUACAAAGGAAGCCACUGUUCUAUUCAUAAAUAAUGUCGCGUUUGGACCAGAACUUGAUAUAGAAAUCAAAACGAAGAUUAUUGCUGAAUUGGGACAUGGCGUUCGAAUUGUAUCGACAAAAGCAUUUGCCGCGAUGAAGAAUCAAAUAAACGAAAGAUGCCUCAAUGAUGUUUCUGCGAUCCUCGACAUAGAGCUUCUCAAAACGAUAGAUCAGCCUUGCUCAUGGACGUCGAAUGCGGUGCCAUUCUAUAAGCAGACCGUUGAUACUUGCAAGAUAGCGCUUUUCUACGAUCAGAAGCGCAAUGGAAAGAAAUCGUCGUCGUCUUCGAGUCGCGAAGGAUCAAUGUCGAAGGAACCUCGCGAAUGUGCAAAAACGAAACGUGUUAAAGAGCGCAGCAAAGAGCGAAGCACAACUUCAACACCUCCGACCAAGGAUUACAACAAGUUUGACGAUGAGGACGAGUUCAGUUUCACUGGAAGAACUACUCGUUUGAUGUGGAAAGCGCAAACGGAAAAGUCGCGAAUGUCUCAACAACAGCAGCAACAGCAACAAGCCGCCAAAAAGGCGCCUGCUUCGCCGAAGAGACACGCCGAUGAUGAGACAAGUGUGGCACCAAAAAAGGCGAAAAAGACGACGGCGGAGAAAAAACCAAAGAAGACACCGAAACAUCCAAAGGCCGGCAUGCAAUGCACCGCUUCCUAUCGAUUGUUCGUGCACACUUUAUAAUUCAUCAAGUGCGACAGCUUCGAAUUAUUCGGAAAUGAGUUCGCCGACGGAUUCAUCGAAUGCCCAACAGUCAAAUUCUGCACGUAUUCCGAUUGCUCAUGUGCCUCCGAAAUCGUCAUCGAAAUCCGCUAA